AUGUCUGUUCCGCAGUGCCUUAUUCGUCUGCCGCGGGCGCGGCCCCCGCCGCGGCAACUCUGCCUAGCCCGUCGCAGCGAGCAAAGAGGAUGCCGCCGCUCUAUGCCCCCUCGCAUCGUUUCAGCCAGAUCUGAAGCGGAUGUUUCCUCCACGACAGAGGGCAGGAGGAAGUUACAUUGCAGGUGUCUCCAGUACAAAGACACCGAAGGGAGAAGGAGAGAUGGGGGAAUAAGUGCCGCGAAGCCUGGAAGCUGCCAUGCAGCUGGAUUCUGCCGGGCCCGCCCAUUCGAACCGAGGGCAGUGCGGCUUCAAGCGACCACUGAGCACAGAGGAGACGCGAUUCCGCAUGCUCCCUGCAGUGAAAGAUUUUUGUUUCUUUCAUCUGUUUCGCUGCCUUCUCCACCUCUGUCGACGGGGAAGGUUACUGCGUUGUUUUGUCACGCUUCGCUCCUGAGGUCUUCCGCACUCCCCUGCUUCCCCUCUCCUUGCUUGCCUUCGUCAGAUGCUUCUCUCGUGCAUUCUCGUGCCUUUUCGGUCACGUCUCGUAUUCACUACUUGAACAGUCGAACGCGUUUCCAGCCGGUCCUCCACUGUUCAGAUCUGGCGCCCUCCUUCCUGCUUCUUCCGCUGUCGUCGCCGCGCCCCGUCCUCGCCUACCACCAUCGCUUCCGCACUCGCAACAAGAAGCGAGGCAGCAAAUUCCACCCUCAUCCCCUCCCCCUCCCGCCCCCGCCGCUGUCGCCGCCUCGCGCGGACGCGGCGCACAUGUACGUCGGCUCUCCGCUCUCCGCGUCUGCGCUCGCCACGGCGGCUGGUCAGCAGCCGCUGCCUUCGCCCCUUCUUCGCCAUCUGCAGGCGCUUUACCCAGUGUUUUGCGGUGCGGACUGCGACCCUGCCUAUGGGCUGGGCGCCUCCGGAGAGGCGUGGGGACUUGCCCUUCUGCCGCCGCCCAGCCUCGUGGAGCCGCGCCACCUGGAGGGCCUGGCUCGGCGCGCGCUGCAUGCGCACGCAGAGAGGCGCGGGAGCGACGGAGACGCUGCAGAGGCUAGGAGCGACGACAUCUUCUGGAACGAGCUUGCGGAGCGCGUGGAGAAGGUGCGCGACCUCCUCCCGAUAGAGUCGCUUGUGCGGCUGUUGACGAUUCUGACGCUGCGCGGGGCCUCCGCGUCCGUGUGGCCUGUGCAGCAGAUCUUUCAAGCGGUGGAGCCGCAUGCAGAGACUUCCCUCAAAGAACGCGACAAAGAAUCUCGCGAAAAGAGCCGUGUGGGCCUGACGCUGUCCCACGAAGUUCUGCCCUGCGUGCGGCGCCUUCCGCCGCGGCUCCUCCUGUCCUGCACCCGCGAGUUCCUCGAAGACUUGAAGAAGCUGUCACCGCCAGCGACUGCCGCGCUCGCUGCGACGUUCGCGUGGAGCAACUGCGCGAGCUCCGCACUGCUCUUUGGGCUGAUGGAGCGCUGGGGCUGGGAUCUCUCUGCCGAGAGAGCGGGAAACGGGACAGAGAGCCGCGAGGGCGCGAAGGGCGCAGAGGCCGCGCAGCAGGACGGAGAGACAGCGUGGACCGACGGCGGAGAGGAGGAGGGUGGCGAGCCGAAGCCCAAGGCAGAGGGGGAAGAGGCGACUGCGGCGCGGAAACAGUGCCACAUGGGCGAGUUCACGCCGGCGGACUUUGCUCUGUUUGUCUCUUCUCUGGGUCAUCUCAGGUCCCAGCAGGCGGCGGCUCACGCCAAACACAGACGCCAGGCGCGGCACUUGACCGAGAUUUCGGGCAAACAAAUCAUGGCCGCCUAUCGGGAGCGGCGGCGGCGCGGACCGGCAGACCAGGCUCGCGAGGCGGAGGACGCGGGGGCGGGGUUCCACUUUGAACCGCUCUUCUUUGAUGCCUGCUGUCGAUACAUGGCUGCGCGCGCAGACGCCUUCUCGCUCUUCUCCUUCGCGUCAGCCUCUCGAACGCUUGCAGAAGGCUUGCCUACGCCGGAGCUUGUGAGGGUGUCACGCACGAGCAUAGGGCUCCUGCAGGACAGCGUAGAUGCGGGUGGCGCGGAAGGCCUCGCCCUGCAGAGACACGCGCGCGCCAGAGCGUCCCUCUCUUCGGCGACGGGCUCUGCAGCCCAAGUCCUGCCGCCGAGUCGGCUCUCCGUGGAAAUGCUGGCGAAUGCCAUCGGCAGGUUCGUCGAGUCCUGGGAUAAAGGCGAAAAAAAGAGCUACGACAGCCUGGCGAGCCGAGCGGCCGAUCUCCUGCUCGCAUCUCGACUUCUGCUUUCGGCAGCGCAGUGCGAGCUGUACGUGCAGUCGCACGACGCGCUGGGGCGAGUCGAACGAAGGGAGGCCAGCGACGCCAGACAGGGCUCGCGCAGCCAAACGGAGGACGCAGGGCCCCACGGCGGUGACCGCUCUCUGCCGGAUUGUCGACAGACCUGGGCUGCCAAGGCACUUUUGGAGCAUAUCACUCACGAGCUCGAACAGCUGAACCAGGAGCUGGCGGCGCUGCCCCGGCUCAACGCGGGUCUGAGAGGAGGCGAGAUGGGCGUGCAGAAAGACUCCGCUACCCGAGAAGACUCCACUGAAAUGCUCUCGGCCACCGCGACGGCAUGGCGAGGAUUCGUGGCAAUCAGUCCGGAGCACGUGUAUGUGCGGAACGCGCUGUUCGCGGCUGCUGGUGAGAGCGCUGCAGCUCUGCUCAAGCUCUCUCGAGCCCGAUCUCUGUCACAGGCUUCAGCAGCGGGAGAGGGGCGUGCUGACGCGACACCUGUCCUGCGCGGGAACACCAUUGAGGGCUUGCAGCUGGAUACUCUCGGCGAGCUCAAACCCGCGGCUGAGAACCUCGUGCGGGCUGUCUCUCUGGUGCUGCGCGAGCGCGAAGCGACGGGCGUCCCAACUGAGCACCUCGCUGGCCUGACCGAGUUGCUGGCGCUCGCCGGCGAUGACAAAAAAGGCACGCACGCGUCCGCGAAGAAGCCCCGCUGGCAGCUCGUCGGGUUCGGCGACAAGGGGGAGAAGGCGCAGCAGGCGAACUUUGCACUCGCGCUGCAAGCGCUGAGCACCGAAAUCGUGAGGCGCUACGCCGCUCUAAGUGUCGAGCAGAAGCGCCGAAUCAAGUUCGCUACGCAGCGGAUUGGUUGGAAGGACCCGUACCUGGACCACUGCUUGAGAAAUUUCACAUCCGCCGUGGCACGCGAAGGCCACGAGAAACCCGCCAGCACAGCCUGA